GCCAGCGCUCCGUCUACACCAACAACCCAUCGCCGCAAGCAAGCUUGCGUGACGGCAUGACUGGGGGGCAGCUGUCCCAACGCAUGAGCAACAUCUCGCUGUCCGCCGGCACGGACUCCGUGGGCCACAUGGAUCGCGGCAGCAGCUCCAGUCUCGCUAGCAGCGCCACCGUUGGCACCAACACCAUCACCAGCGGCAUUUCCAAGGAGUGCGCCAAUUACCCCGUCGGCAGUCAGUCGGCCCGUCCAUACGUCCAACUGCCGGGCAUACACAUUUCCAACCCUCCCCAGUACGGGCCAGGGAAUAUGCAGGAAAUAGACGCUGGCAAAAUGGCGCACAACGGCAAGGCACUCACAGGGCGCUACAAUGCCACGCCCACCUAUGGCUUCGACCACGAGCAGAACUACUGCCUGAAUUCCCAACAGUUGCCGUCUCCAAUGCCCCCUCCACCAUACGCCUUGGCACGCGUGAGCAGCACACGCAACUUCGAGAUCGAGAACCACACACCGCCGGCAUGUCCCGGCUCUGGACCCAUUGCCAUGACUAACGGCACCAUCCAGUUGCGCCUCCGCGAUGGCGUGCGGCGGUGCGCGUGCUCAAUCAGCGCAGCAUGGUGGCAGUUGCUCUAUCACGCAACUGCAGCAACUCGGCUUUGCUCCACCCCAAUGGACGCAUCUUGCAGAGCGGCGCUAAAGUCGAAAUAGUCACCUACGACGGCAUGAAGGGCAAUAACUUUGUUCGCUAUGCCAAGAUGUGGUACAAGGGUGUGAGCUUCACCAGCGAGGCGUGCGCUCUCAUCUACCUAGUGGACACAGCCGGGACGCGCACCAC